AUGGCGCUCCCGGACGAGCAGCUCAGCUAUAUCGACCGUGACGAUAUCCACUCCUUUGCCAAAGCCUUGGUAUGGGAUGACGAUGACUUCGUAUCUUCGGGCAAGUACUCCGAUGUCAAGCGAGAGGCUGAAGCGAUAGACGCCCAGGGCCUAGAGGAGAACUCCGUGGCGGUCGGGAACUUGCCGAGAACAAAAUCGAAAAGUCUGGAUAGUCUCAAGAGUCUGGAGAAACCCACUAAGAUCACAUCGGCGUCGGACUGGUUUCCGAUCACUGGGUCUCAAGAUAAGAAGAAAGACAAGGAAUUGUCCACGAGGGACCGCUUCACCAACGAGUUUCGCCACUCGGCAUCGUACACAUUGCUCCGCUGGCCUGUUUUGGUGUUCAUCAUAGGCUGGGUGUUGGUUCUCUGUGUGUUUUAUGCCAUAGUGAGAGGGUACGUCGCAUUGUACGAAUACCUCUUUACAUGGACGGGCCAGAGGAAAGUGCUCAGACAAAAGCUACGGCUGUCAAAAACGUACGAGGAAUGGGUGGAAAACGCCAAAGCAUUGGACCGCUUCUUGGGCCUAGAUGAAUGGUCCACUCACCCAAGGUUCUCGUACUACGACUACAAGACAAUCCAGAAGACCAUCCACAAGAUCCGUGUUUUGCGUAAAAAGAAUGACGUUUCCAACUUGAUGGUCUUUUUGCAGGGAUGCCUCAAGAAGAACUUUGCAGGAAUUGAGAACAAACAGCUCUACAGCCACCGGUACUACGGCACCAAGGACCUUGUGCACGAGUACGUCGACGAGGUGAUCAAAUGUAUCGAUUGCGUCACCAACGCUGGCACGCAGGCCGUGCUGGUGAAAAAGAAGCGUCAAUUCUUCAAGGUGGUGCUGAAAAACUACGGGAAAUCGGCCUUGUGUCUCAGUGGUGGUGCCUGUUUCGCCUAUACCCACUUUGGCAUUGUCAAGGCACUUUUAGACAAUGACGUGCUCCCGCUGAUUAUCUCUGGUACAUCAGGCGGAGGGCUUAUCGCCGCUUUGGCAUGCACUAGAACUGACGAGGAGCUCAAGAAGCUCUUGGUACCUGAGCUUGCAAAGAAGAUCACCGCUUGUGAAGAUCCCUGGUAUGUGUGGGUUCCGAGAUUCAUUCGUACCGGAGCUAGAUUCGAUGCCGUCAGUUGGGCCAGUAAGUCUUGCUACUUUACGAAAGGCUCUCUCACUUUCCAAGAAGCAUAUAAAGCCACUGGGCGUCGUCUCAACAUCUCCACUGUUCCUGCUGAACCUCAUUCACCGGUCAUUCUUUGCAAUUCCAUAACCUCGCCCAAUUGCAUUAUUUGGUCAUCGCUUUUGGCCUCGUCUGCUGUUCCCGGCAUUCUCAACCCGGUGGUUUUGAUGACUAAGAAUAAGGAUGGUGAGGUGGUGCCAUUCAGUUUGGGCAACAAGUGGAAAGAUGGAUCUUUGCGUACGGACAUCCCCGUCAAUGCCCUCAACACGUAUUACAACGUGAACUUCUCCAUUGUCUCACAAGUCAACCCCCACAUUUCCUUAUUCUUCUUUGCACCUAAGGGAACUGUUGGACGUCCGGUUGCCCUGCCAAGGCGGAGAACGAAAAAGCAAAAGUUUGCAUCGCUUAGAGGUGGUUUCAUUGCUACAGCGCUAGAACAGCUUUUCAAACUUGAAAUCAAAAAAUGGCUUGAAAUUGUCAAGACCCUCGAUCUUCUUCCUAUGUGGCGUGAGCAAGAUUGGCUGAAUGUGUGGCUUCAGCGCUUCACGGGUUCUAUAACUAUAUGGCCCCGCAACAAGCUCAAGGAUUACUGGUACAUUCUUCUGGAUCCUUCCGAAGCCCAGAUGGAAGAGUACUUGCUUAAGGGAGAGCGCAGUAUGUGGCCUCGUCUUCUCUUUGUGAAGCAUAGACUUGGUAUCGAGCGUGCUAUCGAAAGAGGCAAGAAAAGCUCUCUUUCUGAGAGAACCCUCGAUGCCACGCAGCUCUCCCCAACAAGCUCCAAUGCCGUCCAGUCAGAUGACUUCUCUGAAGGGCCAGCCAAAGACCUUCUUUCAAGAGCUAACCUCAACAAGAGUGAUGUGGAGUCCACAGACGAUGAAAUUAGGCGCAACUUCGCCUCACCUUUUGAUAUUAAGUAUGGUCGUGAUGACGACGAUGACGAUGAUGACGAAGAUCUGUACACGGACGAUUUAGAGUAUCUGUCUGACGAAGAAUCAGAAGCACAACCCAAGAAGAGGAAGCCCAAGGGAACAAAAAUACGCAGAAGCACUACCGCUUAA